CCCCAUUCUCUUGCUGGUCGGGCCAGGCCCGGCGUGUUCCGCGAGAGCCCGGCAGACUGACGGGGAGAGAGAGAGAGAGUGAGCGAGAGAGAGAGAGAGAGAGAGAGAGAAAGAGAGGAGAGACAGAGAGAGAGACAGAGAGAGAGAGAGAGGAGGGGAGGAGGAUUCAGGGAAUAGGAGCUGGGGAGCCCUGCUGCGCUACAGAAAAUUUCUAAUGAUGUGGUGAAGAUAGGAAACUGUCAGGAAGGCUGAAGUACUGUCAUACUGGAAGAUGGAGGGAAGAGCCUGGCGAAUUUGAGACUACCUGGGCUACAUUUUUAGACCUUGUUCUUUCAAUUCCUAUCUACCAGAGCUGCUGCAUUCCCUGAGGAGAGGAGUCAGAGAGGAAGAGCAUCCUUCCAGUCCCUUGUCACUUUCAGCCAGUAGGCCAGGGUUUACCUAAUUUUAGCAAUUACUAUUGGUGGCUGUCUUCACUCUAUGCAAUGUAUAAGUCUGUGUCUGAAACUAGACAUCCUCUGCAGUCAGAAGAACAAGAAGUAGGCAUUGACCCCUUGUUCAGUUAUUCAAAUAAAUCAAGAGGAGAUUCAGGUCAAAAUGGAAGAGGAACAAAUUCUACCUUAGACCCUGAAGGGACGUUUAAUUCAUAUAUGAAAGAAUGGGAAGAACUAUUUGUAAACAACAAUUACUUGGCAACAGUAAGACAGAAGGGGAUUAAUGGGCAGCUGAGAAGCAGCAGGUUCCGCAGCAUUUGCUGGAAGCUCUUUCUUUGUGUUCUUCCUCAAGAUAAAAGUCAGUGGAUAAGUAGAAUUAAAGAACUCAGAGCCUGGUAUAGCAAUAUUAAAGAAAUACACAUCACUAAUCCAAGGAAAGUUGUUGGCCAACAGGAUCUGAUGAUCAACAAUCCCCUUUCACAAGAUGAAGGAAGUCUUUGGAACAAGUUCUUUCAGGAUAAAGAACUACGGUCAAUGAUUGAGCAAGAUGUCAAAAGAACGUUUCCUGAAAUGCAGUUUUUCCAACAAGAAAAUGUGAGAAAAAUUCUUACAGAUGUUCUGUUCUGUUAUGCUAGAGAAAACGAGCAGUUACUCUAUAAACAGGGAAUGCAUGAGCUACUAGCGCCUAUCAUCUUUACCCUCCACUGUGACCACCAAGCUUUUCUACAUGCCAGUGAGUCUGCACAGCCCAGUGAGGAAAUGAAAACUCUUUUGAACCCUGAGUAUCUGGAGCAUGAUGCCUAUGCAAUGUUCUCACAGCUUAUGGAAACUGCUGAACCUUGGUUUUCUACUUUUGAGCAUGAUGGUCAAAAGGGAAAAGAAACUCUGAUGACCCCCAUUCCCUUUGCUCGACCGCAGGAUUUAGGGCCAACAGUUGCCAUUGUUACAAAAGUCAACCAGAUCCAGGAUCAUCUACUGAAGAAACAUGAUAUUGAGCUCUACAUGCACUUAAACAGACUAGAAAUUGCACCACAGAUAUAUGGGUUACGAUGGGUGCGGCUGCUGUUUGGGAGAGAGUUCCCUCUACAGGACCUGCUGGUGGUCUGGGAUGCCUUGUUUGCAGAUGGCCUCAACCUGAGCUUAGUCGACUAUGUCUUCACAGCCAUGCUACUCUAUAUCCGAGACGCUUUGAUUUCUAGUAACUAUCAGACCUGUCUCGGCCUUCUGAUGCAUUAUCCACUCAUCGGAGACAUACGCUCACUGAUUCUGAAGGCCCUGUUCCUCAGAGACCCAAAGAGAAAUCCAAGGCCAGUGACGUACCAGUUCCACCCCAAUUUAGACUAUUACAAAGCACGGGGAGCUGACCUUAUGAACAAAAGCCGGACCAAUGCCAGAGGUGCUCCCCUGAAUAUACACAAGGUCUCCAACAGCUUGAUUAACUUCGGAAGAAAGUUGAUUUCCCCAGCCUCCGCUCCAGGCAGCAUGGGUAGCCCUGUACCUGGGAGCAACAGCAGCACUUCCUUCUCUGCUGCCUUCCCCACCAGGGCUUCCACAGAAGCCCCAAGGUAUCAUUUGCAGCAGCAGCAGCAGCAGCAGCAGCAGCAGCAGCAGCAGCAGAGACUGAUGAAAUCAGAAAGCAUGCCGGUACAGUUGAACAAAGGCGACGUAGUUACAGGAAGCGAUGCUCAGGUUUCUGUUCCUGUCCAGGCUCUAACUGACCUCCAAGGGCAAAGUUCGAAAACCAUCAGUUCAUCUCCAAGCAUCGAGAGUUUGCCUGGGGGAAGAGAAUCCACUGGCUCCCCACCUUCAUCUGCUACUAAAAGGGAUUCCUUCUUCAGCAACAUCGCACGUUCCCGCUCACACAGCAAAACUAUGGGCAGGAAAGAAUCUGAAGAAGAAUUAGAAGCCCAGAUUUCCUUCCUACAAGGACAGCUGAAUGACCUAGAUGCCAUGUGCAAGUAUUGUGCAAAGGUCAUGGACAUGCAUCUUGUAAAUAUUCAAGAUGUGGUAUUACAAGAGAAUUUGGAAAAAGAAGAUCAAAUUCUGGUGUCCUUGGCAGGAUUAAAACAGAUCAAAGACAUUCUGAAAGGUUCCCUGCGCUUCAACCAGAGCCAGCUGGAGGCUGAAGAGAACGAGCAGAUCACCAUCGCUGAUGACCACUACUGCUCCAGUGGCCAGGCCCAGGGCAGCCAAGUUCCUGGGGCCACCAAGCAGGCCUCUUCAGAGUUGCCAGGGUGCACAGGCGGAGUGACCUCAGACGACUUCAUUCUGGUUUCCAAAGAAGAUGAGGGGCACCGUACCAGAGGGUCCUUCUCAGGCCAGGCCCAGCCUCUUCUGACUCUCAGAAACACGUCUGGGAGAGGUCGAGUCCCAGCCUGUUCCCCACUGGUGUUCUCAGACCCACUGAUGGGCCCAGCCUCAGCCUCCUCAAGCAACCCCAGCUCCAGCCCUGAUGAUGACAGCAGCAAGGACUCUGGCUUCACCAUCGUGAGCCCCUUGGACAUCUGAACACAGGGACCCCCACUAGCGCGGAGACCCUGCUGAACCAGUGUUUUUUCCCAGCAUGCAUUUGGCAUUGGUUCAACCCACUGGAACUCUUUACAAAGAGGCAGCUAUGCUUCUUUGAAUGCACUGCUUACCAAAUGCAGGUAGUUUUCCAGGCCCUCACCUGACCCUGUGACCCUUGCUCCCGUUAGGGCCAGGUCAGGUCCCCGACUCAUACCCACUGUCAGACACACAGCGCACAGCAGAGCCACAUGUCUCCCACGCCCGUCUCCAGCAGCUCCGCCAGCUUACUCUCAGAAGGAAAAGCUGGUUUCAAGACUUCCCCUUAUCAAAGCUUCAGCCCCACAGAACCUGUGAUCCUGUAUGAGAAUCUGACGCAGCCUCACUCCUGCGUUGGAGGCCCAACCACAGACUUGCCACACAACGGAAGUAGAGCGAGUGGCUCCCAGGACUGGAGUCAGAGUGAACUGUAGGAGCGGGGUCUCAGAUUAGGAGUCCAGUUCUUGUUUGACAGGGAUACAUUUCUAGACUCUGGGCUACAUAAACUUCAGCCACCACCGUUCCUCCUCGAACAGCAUUUCUCCUCCUAGAGUCCCACAGCCAGGAGUGCAGUGGCUACAAGCGAGCCUGUACUGAAGGGGUUUUAAGAACUACAGGGCUAAAACAUCCUUGAACUGGAAAAAUGUGUCCAGAGCUCUACGGCCAUGCUUCUGAGCACGGUUCACAGCUACAGUGCCUGUUAACUGAGGGGCACAGAGGAAAACCAUAUUCACCCCACCCAGAGUCAGACCUCCCAGGAAUUAGACCUGGGGUCUCUUCUGUGGGAGCAGGCUUCCUAUAGAACACUCCAGGUGCCACAAGGAUGCAGGGCUCCUACCUAACCCCUCCCCAUUUUUAGAGCUUAGCUGUAAACUCUGCAUCUGGACACUGCAAGGAUGGGCCUGCCUGCUUCAGGGCCCUGCCCGGGUUGGGUGUAUGUGAGACACCCUUGUCUAUUGGCUGAGCACAGAGCUGUAUUGGACACAAAGCUAGGGGCAGUGGGGAUUGUGGAUAGAUGUAGCAUCUGUUAGAUGUUACCUCUGCCUUCUGUCCUCCUCAGAGAGCAGCUGGCCAGUGUCCCUCCCAUUAAUAGCAUUGUAAUUCUCUACAGACAGGAGUGCUAAUGUCAGAAUGCUCUCUCAAGCUUAGAAAGCAGGGAUGUUCCAGUCAGCUGCUCUGUGGGCUUCUCCUUAGCUGUGCUGGAUAGCAGGUCUAACGGCUUGCUCACAUGCUGGCAAGGCUCAGUUAGGGCCUCAUGAGUUCGGUCCCCUGCCUCUGACCAGUCCUCUCAGCAUUCUGAGGAGCCUGCUUGACACAUGUCCCAUGAAGAUGCUCUGUAAGAAUCAGGGCCACUAUAUAACAGGCAUCCAUCCCCUGAGGGAAGGCUGUCAGCAGCCACUCCACUUGAAGAUUCAACUUAAUGAGUCAGUACCUUAGAGCUAGGGUAGUCAAGUAUUGACUGAUCCCUCCAGGUCUGGGGCAGUGCCAGCCAUGUCUGUCACAACUGAGCCCGUCCCCAGCAUUUCCUUUGCUUUAAGAACAAGAGCCAUAGAUGUCUGUCACUGGCUACCCACAAUGCCAAGAAGGUCAUAUGCUGACUCCUUGCCAUUUGAAUGGGCAUUUCAGAGUCCCUCAGCCUACCUGCCCUGCCCAUGCCUGUGAUGUGCCCCCUAUCCCGUGCCUGCAUGGGUGCCACGUGAGAACCCCCAGGUUCACACUGAGAUGCUUCUGUGGUCCCUAGUCAGGCCACUCUCUCCUUGGAAGAGGCAAGGGUGGAAAGAGCUCUCUUUUCUAAGUGAGUCCACUCUGUUGAUGAACAUGGCUUCCCUGUUAUUUUAUCAGGUAUUUCUGUCUAAGUGUACAUUUUAAAGUCCUGGAUAUAGAGAACCUUUUUCUUUAACCACAUGGUAAUGAUCAGUUUUAAUCUCUCACAUUUUGAUUACAGCAGCUAAUACAGUUUUAUAUAAGCCAAGCUUAGAUUAAGACCCUGUCGUCUGCUCUUUUAUACACAUUUCUGUUUCAUGCAGUCCUCUGAUCAGACUGAAGUGUGAGGUGAAGCACACCUGUGCACUACAGAAGGCCACAGACCUGCCCUGUCCCAUGGUGAGCUUCAGUUCGGUUCUUGGGACCUCCUGGCUUAGUUUGUCAAGAUAACCUGCCGUUCUGCUCUAACUGCAACUUGAAAGGAAGUGACCACACUGCCAACAAGGGUAACUGGAGAGCAGCCACCCCCCUGUAGCCCGCUUCAGGUAGGGGUGAAUCUCCUCCGCACAGGGGCUGCCUGUGCUGGACAAGCAUGCCAGCCUUGCCUUUAGUGUCAGAAAAGCUGAACAAAUGCAAAAACUCUAGCUAUAACCUGCCAUUCCAUGCAGGUUGCUUUCUGUUUGCUAAAAGCUCUCCCAGUGGCCACUAAGGGACACGGUGGGGAGCACCUGUGGCCUUGCAUCAGCCAGUGCCAUCUCUCUCCCCCGGGGAACACAGCCUCCUGGCCUCUACAUUUACCCAGAGCAGGGACUGCUGGGAAAUGAGAGCUGGGGAAGAGGCCGUGUGUGGCGAGCUGUGGAGGCAGGCUCUUCACGGCCUCCUCCGUGGCAGGCUCUUGUUGAAAGAGGUGGUGUCCAUAUAGCCAGGCUGGUGUAGAAGCCGUCCUGUGGUUCAUGAGGCUCAGCUCAUGUAGUUGAUGUCCCAGCAGUGCCAACACGGUCCUCACAAGUCUUCCUGCUGGAACUCAUCCUGAUGUAGGAAUGACUCCUCCUUUGGCAGUGACCCCAUUGAUGUGCACUAAUAAAGGACUACUGAGAACU